AUGGCUGCAAACCAGGCUUACGCGAAAGUCUCCAACGACGAAGAAGAGGAGAAAUAUGACAAUGGCCUAGAUGCGUCACGCGAGAUACCAAUGGAGUCUACGAAGACGCAUACUAGCUUGACCAAUUCACCUAUGGUCGCUAUUUUGUCUUACUGCGGAAGCUCAAUUUUGAUGACUGUGACCAAUAAGUACGUUUUGGGAGGGCGUGACUUCAAUUUGAACUUCUUCCUUCUCUGCGUUCAGAGUGUCAUUUGUCUUGCCACCAUCGAAAGCUGCAAGCGUGGUGGUCUCAUCACAUACCGCGAGUUCAACAUUGACCAAGCCAAGAAAUGGUUUCCUAUCUCUGCACUCCUGGUUGGCAUGAUCUAUACAGGCUCGAAGGCGCUGGCGUAUCUCACCAUUCCGGUCUACACCAUCUUUAAGAACUUGACAAUUAUCUGCAUUGCCUACGGCGAAGUUCUCUGCUUCGGAGGCUCAGUGACACGCAUGGCUCUAGUGUCAUUCGGCCUGAUGGUCCUUAGUUCCGGCAUUGCCGCAUAUGCAGAUGUCAAGACUCCGGCUCAACCUACUGGAACCGCAAGCGAUGGCGGCUUCUUCUCGAUGUUCAAUGCAGGCUACGUCUGGAUGGGCUUAAACUGUAUCUGCAACGCUGUCUUUGUUCUGGCAAUGAAGCCNAUGUACUACAACAACCUUUUGAGUAUUCCAAUUCUCUUGGUGUUUUCGCUUCUGUUCGAAGACUGGUCUUCUGCCAACGUCGCAUUGAAUUUCCCUGCCGACAACCGCACUUGGGUGAUCAGCGCCAUGAUCAUUUCUGGACUAUCUUCAGUCUUCAUCUCAUACACAUCCGCGUGGUGCGUACGCGUCACUGGUUCCACUACAUAUUCCAUGGUCGGCGCUUUGAACAAGCUGCCAUUGGCGAUCAGUGGUCUAUUAUUCUUUGGCAAUCCUGUUACUCUCGGCGGCUGUACUGCUAUUGCGCUUGGAUUUGUUAGUGGCCUGGUGUAUGCAUAUGCGAAGGUUAACGAGAAGAAGACUAAAGAGGCGGAUAUCUUGCCGAUGACCAAGAUGCCGACAUCAAGGGAAACUUGA